CUUUAUGACGUGCAGCAAAGUUGCUCAUGAUACCCAGGAUAUAGAUUUCAAUAAGACCUCUUGUUAGCUGGAGAAUGUGCGAUGGCCCGGUGGUGAUCCGCCCCUUCCAUCAAACCAACUCCAACAUUUCGAAGCCUCGCUUGACAGCCUCGCUUCGAAGUGUUGUGGAUGCAGUAAAAGCCAAAAAAAUUCCGAAAAAAGAAUUCAAUUUCCUUGGGGCAAAAAAUGAUGAGGUACAGAGAACAGACUAUCCAAUGGUCGGCUCAUAUGUGGACAUUGGCAUUGUCCAGGCGGAGUAAUCAUCGCAUCCCGAAGAGUAGCUCAGAAUCAGCAGGC